CUGUGUUAGCAUUGCUGAACAACUAGACGAGGGCUACAGAGCUGGCAUUAGAAGGCACAAUGAAGAGGUGACAAAAAAUCGUCACAUACUGUCCAGGAUAAUAGACUGUGUGAAAUUUUGUGGGGCCUCUGAGUUGGCUUUACGUGGCCAUGAUGAGAGUGAGAGCUCUGUUAACCCUGGGAUAUUUCGAGGGUUGGUGGAUUUUGUUGCCUCUCUGGAUGGAGCUUUGAAAGAGCACCUUGAAACUGCCACUGUUUUUAAGGGUACUUCAAAAACGAGCUCCUGGACUGUAUGGUGUCUGUUGCAAGGGAACAAAUAAUAAAAGAAGCCCAAAAGAGUGUUUUUGUGUCAAUCCAGGCAGAUGAGACAACAGAUAUUUCAACACAGUCACAACUUGUGCUUGUACUACGCUACACUGAUGACAAACACAGUGUGCAGGAAAGAUUUUAUGAAUUCAUUCCUCUGCAGUCAGCUACGUCUGAGUCCAUUGCUGCUGCAUUAACAGAGCGUCUUGCUGCCAUCAGUCCUGAGGAUCAGAAAAGGAAGCUAAUCUGCCAGGCGUAUGAUGGAGCCACUGCAAGUGUUCAGAGGAAAAUCAAAGAUGUGUACCCAAAUGCCCACUAUACCCACUGCUAUGCACACCAACUCAACCUGAUCAUGCAGCAGGCCACCGCUCACAUUUCCAAGGUGAGAAUUUUUUUCUGACCUGAGUGGAUUUGCCAGCUUUUUACCCAGAUCAGCCAAGCGUACAGCUGUUCUUGAUAAAAUGGUGGCCCAUAGACUGCCAACAUCCAGCAAUGUCAGAUGGAACUUUCACAGCCGAGCCAUCAACACUGUGUUUGAGCACAGAGAGGAUCUCAUUCAGGGUUUGGAGAACAUACGAGACUCAGGUGACUUUGAUGCCAGUACCAUCAGAGAGGCAGGAGCCGUGGCCAUGCUGCUGGAACAUCAGGACUUUAAGUUCUUUCUGGAACUUUUUCGCCACAUCAUGCCACAUGUGGACCUGCUCUAUGCCAAGCUCCAGAAGAAGAACAUAGAUGCAGUCCACAUAAAAGUGAGCAUCCAGCAGUUUGAACAGGACAUGGAAAACAUCAGAAAUUCUCUCCAUUCCAUGGGUGAGCAAAGAAGUGGCUGUCCGACAGCAAAGAGGCACUCAGUUCAGAGGAUCGUCAAAGGGUUGCAGAAGAGAUCUGCAACACCAUUCUGGGACACACCAAGGAGCUUCUCCUUCAGCGACCGUCUCAUCUGUGCAACCUUGUUGCAGGGGGACAGGUUUGAAGAACAUCACGGGUCAUUUCCUGAAGAGGCACUGCAACGCACUUUGAAGGCCUACCCGAUGCUGAAUGGAAGCAAGCUGAAGACAGAACUCGGUGUCAUCUACAGCAAAGUAGAGUUCAGAGCCUGCUGUGGUGCACUGGACCUAUUCCAGCUGUUCAUGGAGAACAAUCUUGAAGUUGUCUUUUCAGAAACUGUCAAUCUUUUAAGGAUCCUGAUCACCACACCCAUGACCACAGCUGAAGCAGAGAGGUGUUUCUCAACCUUGAAAAGAGUGAAACCUUUUCUCAGAAACACCAUGACCCAGGAAAGGCUGAAUGCCUUGACCAUGCUCUCCAUGGAAAAGAGACUUGUUUGUGAAAUGACAGAUUUCAAUCCGAAAGUCAUUGAUAAAUUGAAGGAGAGGAGAGCAAAAUUUAUGUUCAAGUAAUUGUUUUGUUGUGUUGUAAUGCCCGUCUGCUAGUGUG